AUGGUGCGAGAUCUCACCAAGAACCUGCCCCGGGCCGACCCGGAGUUCCAGCUGCUGCUGAGCGAGGCCCUCCACGACCCUUUCCAGGCGCUGGAGGACAACUCGCUGCACUUUAUCGAGCUGCGGCUGGACACCCCCACCCUGGGCACCCCGGGGCUGCUGCUGGCCCACUUGUUGGGGCUGCACGACUAUUAUAACCCGCUGGUGAAUAACCUGAGUCUGAUGUUGCCGAAGCUGUACGACCGGUACCCGGAACUGCUGGCCACCGGAUUAAACGAAAAAACCCUUGGCGACUCGUUUUCGGGUUACAAGUACGGUCACGUGGGCAUCGCCGACUUCAGCCCCUUUGGCGGCUACCCGGCCCACCAGUUCCCCCUCGAUAUUAGCGAAAAGGAACCCGACGAUUAUUUGCACAACCCCGACCCGAUCAAGGACGCCGAGUACGGCAAGCACCGGGCGAUAUACGACUUCAAAAACAUGGACCGCCGGCUGGCCGGGGGCCUCUUUGGCUUCAUCUUCCUCUUGCUCGCCGCCGUCGCGGUGUUUGUGUUAGUUCCGGUGUUUACCUACAGUGGGGUGACGCUGCAUCCAGCCCCGGAAGUGCACACAAUCUUGACCCACUACCUGUACCCGCUAGUCGGAGCUAUCCGCAGCUCCCUCGUCGACCCGGAUACCCCCGACGACGCCAUGCUGAUAAAAGCCCGCGACGGCUCCGACUGGACUCUUGUGUUUAGCGAUGAGUUUAACGCCGAGGGACGGACUUUUUACCCCGGCGACGACCAGUUCUUCUACGCCCCGGAUUUCCAUUAUGAUGCGACUAAGGACUUGGAGUGGUACGACCCCGACGCCGUGACCACUUCCGAGGGCACCGUCAACUUGCGCAUGGACGCGUUCAAAAACCACGACAUGUUCUACCGGUCGGGAAUGCUCCACACCUGGAACCAGUUCUGCUUCACUCAGGGGAGAAUCGACUUCAGUGCCCGGUUGCCGAAUUACGGGAACGUGUCCGGAUUGUGGCCGGGUCUCUGGACGAUGGGCAAUUUGGGCCGGCCGGGGUACAUGGCCACCACCGACGGGGUGUGGCCGUAUUCGUACGAGGACUGCGACGCCGGCAUCACCGCCAACCAGUCGCUGCCCGACGGCAUUUCCUACUUGCCGGGGCAGCGUCUUAACCUGUGUACGUGUAAGGGUGAGCUGCACCCGAACCCCGGAACUGGCCGGGGUGCCCCGGAAAUCGACGCGAUCGAAGCCGCCACCGACUCCACCUUCGGCACCGGUGUCGCCUCGCAAUCGAUGCAAAUCGCUCCCUACGACAUCUGGUACAUGCCCGACUACGACUGGAUCGAGAUCCACAACAAAUCCGUCACCACGAUGAACACCUACGCCGGGGGGCCCUUCCAACAGGCGAUUUCCGGGAUCACCACCCUCAACUCGCUGUGGUACGAGUUUGGCGACGUCGAGCACAAUUUCCAACGGUACGGGUUCGAAUACUUAAACGACAACGACGACGGCUACUGCCGGUGGUUUGUCGGCGACGAUCCCACCUAUACUCUUCACGCCAACGCCCUUCACCCCAGCGGCAAUAUCGGGUGGCGGCGCAUCUCUAAGGAGCCGAUGCUGAUCAUCGUCAACUUGGGCAUCUCCAACAACUGGGCCUACGUCGACUGGAACGCCCUCGCGUUCCCCGUGACGAUGCGCAUCGACUAUAUUCGCGUGUACCAGCCGAAAGACCAGAUCAACGUUGGGUGCGACCCCCCGGGUUACCCGACGCAAAACUAUAUCAAGCAGCACCCGCUCAUCUACCACAACGUCAACGUGACCCACUUUGAGAAGGCCGGGUACACGACGCCGAAAAACGUCCUCACCGGCAACUGCAAGUAG